CACACACACACCCCUCCUCAACCCCUUUGUGUGUGUUUAUGUGUGCAUGCUGAGAGACCCGGUGACGGUUGCUGAGCUUAUAAAUCCCCUUUUUUUAAAUAUAUUUCUAUUUAUUUGUUUUUUCAUAACAUGGAUGCAUGUUAUUGGUCAGCAACAGAUUAUGUUGGAUGUAUGGAAACCUGCAGGUGAGAAUAAAAGAGGACCGGGUGGGCGCAUGUGAAUCUCACUUCUCUAUAGCCUGGACCCAGAUAGGAAGAGGAGCCUGUUACCAGCAAGUGCGGCAAAAUUGGACUUUUCCACCAUCAGCAUCCCUCCUCUCCUCGCCUCAUCCCUGCUCAUCCUGUGGCAGAACACCCCGGCACCCCCCCUCCCACCCUCCGUCUCCUUCUUCCGUGAUCCCAGAAUAGCCUCGCACCCCGUAUCCCGGCGGAGUAUUUGGAAUUUCGGGGGGACUCGAGGGAAGCUGGAGGAUGGAUUAACGGGGACGGAGCCACGGCAAAACUGGAGCAGCACGCGCGACCACGCCGGGGGGGAAGGGGGCGACGGGACUCGGUGAAUUCACGGAGCCCCCGGGACAGAGGCUGCGACUGGUCCCACCCCAAGAUGACGUCUCCCAAAACCAAAGCCAAGAAGAAACCACCCAAAGACAGCAUGACUCUGCUGCCAUGUUUUUAUUUUGUGGAGCUGCCCAUUGUCCUGUCAUCCUUGGUGUCCCUGUACUUCCUGGAGUUGACAGAUGUCCUUUCCCCGGCGAUGGUGGGCUUUCGUUGCUAUGACCGCGACCUCUCCAUGCCCUACGUAGAGGCUGGAGAUGAACUCAUCCCUCUGUUGAUGCUGCUGAGUUUGGCGUUCGCCGGUCCAGCGGCUUCCAUUAUGUUGGGGGAGGCGGUGAUGUACUGCAUGCAGUCCAAACUGAAGACAUGUCCCAAGUCGGAGGGCAGCAUAAACGCCGGAGGUUGCAGCUUCAACUCCUUCCUGCGCCGGACCGUGCGCUUCGUUGGUGUUCAUGUGUUCGGUCUCCUGGCAACAGCCCUGGUAACAGAUGUCAUCCAGUUGGCUACCGGUUACCACACCCCUUUCUUCCUCACCGUGUGCCAGCCCAAUUACACGGCUCCAGGAGUGUCAUGUGACAACAACGCCUACAUCACGCAGGACAUCUGCAUGGGGAAAGACCAAUACGCAAUCAUGUCAGCAAGGAAAACCUUUCCAUCCCAGCAUGCUACGCUGUCAGGCUUCGCAGCUAUAUACAUCUCUAUGUACUUCAAUGCCAGCAUCAACAGCACGACUAAGCUGCUGAAGCCCCUGCUGGUGUUUGCUUUCUGCAUGGCUGCGGGCCUCGCUGGCCUGACUCAGAUAACACAGCACCGCAGUCACCCCAUAGAUGUCUACGUGGGGUACCUCAUAGGAGCUGGCAUCGGAGUCUAUCUGGCCGUGUACGCUGUGGGAAGUUUCAAAGCAUCAGAAGAAGAUGCUCCCUCUUUGCAGCGGCUGACAUCGGUCCAUCAGAAGGACGGACUUAGAGUGUUGAGCCAGCGGGGCCACGAUUCCCUGUACAGGAAGACUCCCAGGGUGUCUGAGAGCAGGGAGGAGCUGGGGGCCGCGUUGGGAUCUGGAGCCCGCAGUAAGGUGAGGAGAGAGAAGGCGUCCCUGGCCUCCCUGAAACGAGCUAGCGCUGAUGUGGAGCUCCUGGCAACACGCGGCCCCAUGGGCAAGGAGACCAUGGUAACCUUCAGCAACACCUUACCCAGAGUGGCAAACGGCAACAGCCCCAUCUCGCCCACCGAUGAGCCGGUCGUCACGCAGCGCCACAUGACCUUCCACGUGCCCUUUGACCCCCAGAGGUCGCGGCAGCUGGUGUCAGAGUGGAAGCAGCGCUCGCUGGAGCUGCGCAGUCAGAGCUCGAGGGAUGAAGAUGAGGGCGAGGAUGAGAGGGACAGAGGAGGCGAAAGAGGAGGGGCUGCCGGGGAAGGAGAGAACAACGGGAUGCCUUCAUCGCUUUAUCCCACAGUGCAGGCCAGCAACAUGACCGCCACACCAGCUACAGCUAGGAUGGCUGUGGCUCCCCCACUGGUUCACAUCCCCGAGGAGGCAUCGCGCCCACCGCCCGUCUCCCCCAAAAGUGCCAAAACAAGGGCCAAGUGGUUGUCACUCACAGAGGGGGGAGGGGUGAAAGAGCCUGGACCAGGACCCAUUGCGGUGUCAACUCCACGGGUUCCAAACACGCAGCCAAGCCAGCCUCCUAGCCAGCAAAGAGUCACUCAGGUCAUAGCCAUGUCGAAGCAGCAGGGUCAUGGAGGAACCACUUCAUCGACCAAGACGUCAGAAGGAGGCUCCUCCUCAGGUGGUGGCUCCAACUGCUCUGAGUCACCGUACUACCGCAUUCCCUCUGACCGAGACAGCUGCACUGGAAGCAACCCGGGGAGCGCUGCCGGCAGUGGGAGCAUCGUCACCAUUGACGCUCACGCCCCUCACCACCCGGUGGUGCGUGUGUCGGCCAGCAACGGCAAGCCAUGGGAGUGGAGAAACACCAUCAGUGGUAACAUGAUAACCUCCGACCCAUCAGGCGACAAGCACCGAGUAGCGCUGCAGCGGCAGGACAAUGUUUGCCACUACCGGGAUUACCGGACUCUGCCAGUGAAAACAGACUCGCUGGGCUCUUCCACGACCAGCGGGAGUGCGGAGGUGGGGGCAGAGUUGCCCCCGCCGCCCCUUCCCACUGCCUCCUCACCUCUGCCGCCUCCACCUCAGCUGUCAUCCUCCCCUCUCCCACCCCCACCACCCCCUCAGUCGUCCCCAUCCCCGUUACCGCCGCCUCCACACUCAAGCUCUAGUCCCAUGCCUCCACCUCCUCUUCAUUCUAGCUCCCCUCAUAUGCCCCCACCCCCUCACCCAUCUUCCUCCCAAAUGCCCCCACCCCCUCACCCAUCUUCCUCCCAAAUGCCCCCACCUCCUCACCCGUCCUCCUUACAAAUGCCCCCACCUCCUCACCACCCUUCCUCCCAAAUGCACCCACCCCCUCACCCUUCAUCAAACCAGAUGCCUCCACCUCCUCACCCGUCUACUUCUCCGCUGCCUCCGCCCCCUCUUCCUUCCUCCUCCAUGCCUCUGCCCCCUCACCCGUCCCACUCCGGCAUGCUUCCCCCUCCCCCCCACCCCGACCUGCUGAUGGACGGCCACGGCCAGGCCCUGUCCCGCUCCUCCACCCUGCCCCGCCGGCCCUCCGUUUCCUCUCGCAGCCACGCCGAGCAGGAGCACUACUACAAGGCCAUGCAAAACGAGAGGAUGUUGUAGACAGAAAAGACAUCAUCUCAACAUCAGACGCUGUACUUGAAAUGACAGAACUGAAAACAAACUUAGCUGCAACAGGUCAGUAGAGAUUUCCGACUUCUAAA